GCUGAUUGGCUGUUGCUCUGCCGUCAGCUGUUAUGUAGCGGCUAGCUCCUCUGCACCAUAACAGAGACCAUUUUUGCAUAUUAUUCACUAUUUCGCUUCUAAUAUUUAACACCGCUCACAUUUUUCUCAUUGCACACAUAAACGCGGUUCUCUGGCUUACAUUACAGCCCCCAUUUGUACAUUUCUUGCUAUAAUAUACGAGAUAUUUGAUUCUACAUUUUAGCCUAGCAUGGGGCUAAGCUAACUCCAGCAACACUAUGUCACGUUGAGUCCCAAUAACACUGACCUUGUAGGGAUCUACUUUCUGUACGCGGGGUUAAGGGCCUGUUUGGGGGGACAAUGGCGUCUGCUAGGUUGUUUAAUAUGUUAGCCCCGCGGUGGUGCAGGGCAUUAGGGAAGAGGGCGUGCUUUAGGAGGCAUCUGAGCGGCUCGUCUCGGGGGACACAGGGCUCUAUGUCCGCCUGGGUCAUUGAUGAGUACGGGACAAACGCGGUGCUCAGGUACGCGGAGGACGUGCCGGCUCCCGCGGUCUCCUCUCCCACGGAUGUGCUGGUCCAAGUGUGCGCCACGAGCCUCAAUCCUCUGGACCUGUCCAUGAGAGGAGGUUAUGGAGCCACACUGCUGAACCUGAGGAGAGACCCCCUGUCUCUUCUGGGGGGCAGUAGUGAGUUCCCUCUGGUGCUGGGUCGUGAUGUGUCUGGUGUGGUGGUGGACUGUGGAGUUGAAGUCACACACUUUGGGCCUGGAGAUGAGGUGUGGGCGGCCGUCCCUCCGUGGAAGCAGGGCAGUUUGGCAGAGUUUGUCUCUCUCUCUGAAUACGAGGUCUCCCACAAGCCCCAGUCCCUGAGCCACAUUGAGGCAGCGUCUAUCCCGUAUGUGGCCAACACGGCUCUGUCUGCUUUGGUCAACGCUGGAGGUCUUUGUGAAGAGACUGCACACAACAAGAGAGUUCUGAUCACCGGGGCAUCUGGAGGAGUGGGCACUUUCUCUAUACAAUUGUUGAAGGCGUGGGGAGCACAUGUGACGGUCACCUGCUCUCAUAACGCAGAGGGGCUGGUGAGGGGUCUGGGGGCAGACGAGGUGGUGGACUACACGGCAGGAGACGCAGAGCAGAGACUGGAGGCUAUGGACAGGUUUGAUGUGAUCCUGGAUAACGUGGGAGGUGAGACAGAGCAGUGGGCCCUGACUCUGCUCAAGUCCUGGUCUGGAUCUAAGUACGUGACCCUGGUCACACCUCUCCUGUCCAGCACUGACCACAUGGGGAUGCUGUCCGGAGGCAUCCAGGCCGGGUGCAGCCUCAACAACAAGGCCCUGCAGAGCCUGCUGUCCAGUGGAGUGUUCUACCGCUGGGGCUUCUACGCUCCAGAUGGCCCUGCUCUGGAUGACAUCAGGACCCUGGUGGAUUCUGGGAAGAUCUUGCCGGUGGUGGAGGCUCAUUUCCCCUUCUCUCAGGUUCCUCAGGCAUUUCUGAAGCUGGAGCAGGGCCACGCCAGGGGGAAGACCGUGGUGAGAGUGACCGAGGAGGACAGCUCCCAGAAGGAUGCGCUGGACCUGAGCAGCCCCAUAGCCUCUGGAGACAUGGAGCCUCCAGGAAACAGGUCGUACAGCCAGCAGUGACACACACGUACGGACUGGGGAGGAGGAGCCAGCCGGACACUUUUUAUUUGUUGUGUUAUUGGCCUUAAAACAUGCUCUUGAAUAUGUUCUACAGCUUCAGAUAAUGGCUUUAUAAGGAACCAGACAUUUUUUUUACUUGGGUGCUCCUCAUACUCUAAUCUGGUGUAGGGCUCCAUCUUCUGGCAGCAGAGGGAAUUACCAUAGGAAAAAAAUAAUGGUUAAUAACAACCUCCCCCAAAAUGUUAUUGUAAAUACACAGUUGUAAUGAACUUGCUUCGACGGCAGAACUGCUUAAAAUGUGUCGCUGGGUGAUGAUUUACGGACUUUGCAGGGUUUCUACCUUUGACACAACAAUCCAGGGAAAAUUCAAAUGAUGUAUUUUCUUCGGUCCAGAGGCAAAAUACUUUUAUUUACAAAGGAUUCAUGAACUCAGUGUGAAUUGAGCUAAAACAACUCCAAGUAUGUUUUGGAUGAGGGAACAAUAAUAUAAGAUUUUGCAUAUGUCAUACUUUACAGACUUUACUUCACAAACUUUCAAAAGACAUGUAUUUUUACAUAUAUAGAACAGAGAGCUGCAUUUUGGUGUUGCUUCAAUUAAAAAAAAAAGUGUGUCUAAUUGGGUACAAUUGUACCUCGAUUUGUGUUACCAUGUUAAUAUAUUUUUGUGACAGUUUUUCCAGUGUCAGAUUGGUUCAGAUCCUGAGGAUGUGAUGGGUAAAAAUGAACCAAAACCGUUUUAGGUUGACUGCAGAUAAAAUGCAGAUCUAAAAUGUUUUCAAAGUCCUCUAGCACCAUGCACCAUGUAACAGGCUCUCCUGUUACAUGGUGCUAUAUGGCAUUUCUGACACUGUAAAAUAAAAACAAAUAUUAUUAAAAUGAAUCAAAUGAAAUACCAUGUUAGCCUGUCUGAACCUGGCUCUAAGGCCAUAUAACACUUCUCCUAUACACAUCUGUAUAUGAAUUAUAAUCUCUUGAGUUUUGCACUGUAAGUGGUUAUUGUGAACCAAAGUUCAUUAGUUGUUUUUGUGCAGUCAAACAUUUUAAAACUACAUUGUUCAAAACCCUGCCAAAUCAAAGAAGGGCACUGUUCAAACAUUUGUUAUUGGGUUUUACCAAUAAACAUGGAGCUUAUUCAU